GCAUAGCACUCAGCUUCUCUGUUCCAGAGACGCUUCAUUGGCUGCAUUCCUCCGUCUCCCAUUCCUUGCUUUCGUGAGUUGGCUUGUCAAUCAAAGGGCUAUUAUGUUUUCAUCCUGGUUAGCUGCAAAGUGAAAGAGGAGUAACGUUCGGCAUAUUUCACACUGAUUAGUGAAAGGGGAGAGACCAUGUGGAAGUCACAUGAGCGACAAGGAUGAGGAAAAAACAACUGGGAGAGGACUGCUCCGCCUAACUUCUCAAUCGGACUGGGGAUUUGCUGAUUCCGAAGCUUGGCUGGGACAGCCUAGCAGCCCCUGACUCACCCUCUACCCACACAUAUGCAAUGAACAGCACUACUCAGCCCCCUGCCCCCAUAGACAGGGAUGUGGCAGUCAGCUCCGUGUUGGUACCAUUCUUCCUGAUCACCUUCAUCGGGAUAGCAGCAGCUGUGGUGCUGUAUGUGCGCAAGAAGAGAAGAAUUGACAGGCUCCGGCACCAGUUGCUUCCAGUCUAUACUUACGACCCCUCUGAAGAAUUACAUGAAGUUGAACAGGAAAUGCUGUGGAAAGAGGAAGAUACUAAGGUGGUGAAGGGUUGGGCACGAUCAUACCAGCAGCAACGUCCCCUGUUGAUGAAAGAUACCCACGCAUGAGUGUGUUGGAGCAGGACAUAGAUCUGUGACGACAUACAGAUCAGUGGAGUUAACCCUUGAGAUGCCAGAUUUGUCAGUCAUUCAACGUAAAGGGGUUUUAGGAAAAGCAUGGACAAGCAUGGAGAACAGCCUGUCAAGCAUUCCGCAUCAUGCACCUCCUCAGUCAUCAUCAUCUCUGUUGGAGCAUUUACUUUGUACAGCGUCAGCCUCCAAGCUAAGAGGAGGUUGGUUAUUAUGUGAUUGUGAACCUCUGAUGCCAUGCCCCUGUGCCCGAAAGCUGUGGCAUACCCGAAACCACGACAUGUUGGCUAACUACUGGUGGACAUUUAUUUAUUUGAGAUUAUUUAUUCAAGUUUUUUUAGUUUUUUUUACUGUGUUUGUGUGUGUCAUAAUGUGGGCGUUACUGAAACUAAGAUGGUGCCAUCCAUCCAAACUAGACACUGGUGUUACAUUUGCCUUAAAUGUCUGUUUUAAGUAGGCGUAUACCAGCGAGGUUAGCGAAGCCUUGACCUUGGGUGGGAUGCUUACCGUUGUACUACUAGUUUUAGUGGUGUAAAAUUAGGUUACUAUGUCCCGCACCUCAUUCAAUGUAAUAGAAGUUACACAGAAGGUAUGCAGUCAAUCAAUUUUAGUUCUUAUGUUGCUGUUUUGUUUCCCUGUUUGUGGCACCUUGAAUGCCAUUAUGAAAGCAACCA